AUGGAUGGUGGAGGGAGCGGCGGAGAUGGUGUUAGUGACAGCGAAAAUGAACCAAUAGAAGGCUCCACUUCCACCACGGCAACACAGAAUCCUUCCGUUGUCAUUGGCCAAGAACACCAACCGGAACCAAGUAGAUUCCCCUUGCAUAAUUAUAGUCCACCUCCACCACCUUCUUGGCCUCCACCACCUUCUUCGCCUCCACCUGUUAGACGCACUCCUUCAUAUCCACCGCCUCGGCCUCCACCUCGUACAUCUCUUCGCUCAUAUACACCUCCUCCGCCUCCACGAAGGCCUCUAACUGUUACUAAUUUUAGUUUUUCACGUCCCACAGAUCCUCUCCGAGCAAGAAUUCCGCCACCCCCUGGAUUUUCAUUUCCCACACCACGUCCAAGACCGCUAAGGCAGCCAAGUCCAGCUUUAGCAGCACGACCUUUCUUAACAUGUACAUCACAAUCUCAAGGGAUGGUUGGAUCAUCAGUGGCACUGGAACUAAACCAUUCUGGUUCUGCGACGCCUUCACAUGCAAAACCUGAUCCAGGGCGUAGAAAUCGGCUGAAGAUUAUCACAAAGAGAAAGAGAUCAGAGGAAAGCAAGGAUGGAAACAAUGAGGAAAGAAGCGGUAUCGUCAUCAGGGAUAAACAGCCGCCAAGUAGAGACAGAUGCAAAGAAGAUCAACAAGGCAACCCUGAUGAUCCUGACUCGGACAAAGACGAUAGUUUGCCCCGCAUGGACAUUUAUCAAGGAAUAGUAGAUUAG